AAGUAAACCGGAAAUUACCUAUGUUGUCAUACGUCGAGAGGCUGGAAUCAGGAAGUGGAGUUGUAAUGUACUAUUUUGAUUGAGCUCGUCGCUGUUCAACUGUCUAAUUUACAAGUUCAAAAUGGGGCUGUUUGGAAAAGCACAAGAGAAACCACCGAAGGACCUUAUCAACGAAUGGUCUCUCAAAAUCAGGAGAGAAAUGAGGGUUAUUGACAGACAGAUUCGAGAUAUUCAAAGAGAGGAGGAGAAGGUGAAGAGAUCGAUCAAAGAUGCUGCAAAGAAGGGACAGAAAGAUGUCUGCAUCAUCCUCGCCAAAGAGAUGAUUCACUCAAAGAAAGCGAUCAACAAGCUGUACGCCUCUAAAGCUCAGAUGAACUCCGUGCUGCUCAGUAUGAAGAAUCAGUUGUCUGUAUUAAGAGUGGCCGGUGCCAUACAGAAGAGCACAGAGGUCAUGAAGGCCAUGCACAGCCUGGUUAAAAUCCCAGAGAUUCAAGCCACCAUGAGAGAACUCUCAAAAGAGAUGAUGAAGGCUGGAAUCAUAGAGGAGAUGCUGGAGGAUACACUGGAAGGGAUGGAUGAUGAGGAGGAAAUGGAGGAAGCAGCGGAGGCUGAGGUUGACAAGAUCCUCUUUGAGAUUACAGCUGGUGCACUUGGAAAAGCUCCCAGCAAAGUCACAGAUGCCCUGCCUGAUCCAGUGCCGAUUGGAGCCACGGCCGCCUCAGAAGGGGAAGAAGAAGAAGAAGAAGAAGAUAUCGAGGAGAUGCAGUCCAGGCUAGCAGCGCUGAGGAGCUAAAAGACCUGUGUUUUUUACCCUUCAGCUCUAUAGGCAUAGACAACAUAUCUUACUUCCCCUGUAGCUUUUCUUACACUUUGGCACAUUAAAUUUAGCACUAAAUUCGGACUUCACAUAAAAUGAACAAAACUAUAUGGAUAGUGGAUAUUAAAAAUAAAAUUAGCUCUAUAUGACAUACAAUAAAGAACAGUGAAGUCAGAUAUUUAGUUGUUGUAUGGUAGCAGGUGGAUGACUUUUUUUUCCAAAUCAUUCACUUUUUACUUAAGCCCAUUUUAUUUCUAGAUAUUCUGACUCCACUCAUUUGAAUCUAUGCCUAUAGUUAAGCAGCUUGUCCAAGAAUCUAUUGUGCAGUGGUGUCACUGUGGUGUUGGUCGUAAUCGUUUUGUCUCUGUUGUCGAAUUUGCAGUUUUAUCUCAAGCCUUAUUUAGGCUACGUGAAUAGUUCUUUCGUAUAUCUGGUAAAUUGGUUUUUACUGAGUAGGACAAAUUCAUGGAAGCCAUUACUUGUAAAUCUUGUACAAAUACUGAACAUAAAAAUAUAUCUGUUUGCAUUGUUAUUUUGUUAGUAAAGUUGUCGGCAAGUUAUAAAACGGGCUUUCGGAAUAAAGGAAUGGUUGUGCUCGAUAACUGACAGAAUUUUACACAGCAGGUGUUUCAGACUUCAACGAGCUGAUCGCAUUUCUGUCUUUGUUUCUGCUACUUUUGGCCUUUUGUUAUGGUUUAAAUGCACAUAUAUCUUUGUAUGUUAUUAAUUAUGAGUAUUUUUUUAUUAAGCCUUUGCUUUUAGAUGACUGAAAUGCUUACAUAACAGAUGUUCCCCUGAUGAUGGAAAUGGCUGACAAUUUAUGUUACAGUUUCUUCUAUGUUAUAUUUUAAGUUGAAUGUCAGCUGAAUAGUCCGUUUGCUAUAAUUCUAUUAUGUCUACAUAUGAAACAACUACACUUUGUGCAUUCUGACUUUAUAGUUCGUUUUGGCAUGACCAAUUUAGUAUGGCAUGACCAAUUAAUAUCUGCUUAUUUGGCAUAAAUUGUGCACUCUGGAGUGACAAAGUACAUAGAUUUUGUACAGAUCCAGGCUCAGUAUGUUGACUCAAUUAUAAUCUCCUGAAUGAA